AAAGCGGUCCCUUUUGUCAUCUUCCUUUUCCAGAUGUACACUUUCUUCCUUCUCGCAAUCUCUAACAACAUAGACACAGUUUAAUUAGUGAUUCUUGGAUUUCCUUUGUUCUUUUUAGGUUAGUGGGUCAUAAUCUUACCUUUUCGAUCCUAAUCAUUCACUAAUUAUCGUUCUUUUUCCAAGGUUCUACAGUAUCAACUCUUUCUAUGUUGGCAAGUGUCAUAGAAGGAGUUGAUGAAAGAAUUGGGUGAAAAUUUCUGCUAGUUGAAGAAGAUGGGGUCAUUUAAAGGUCAUGUAGUUCCAGGAACACUGUUUUUGCUGGUGGGUUUAUGGCAUAUGUGGUGCAGUGUGUACAGAUAUGUGAGAAGUCCGAAUACAUUCCGGAUCCGGGUAUGGAAUCCGGUGCCGGGUUUUGAUGGGAGGAUCAAGUACUUGGAAUUGUAUGUGGUUGUGAUUGGUUCUUUUAUUGAUUUGUGCAUAGAACUUGUGUAUUCACCUCAUCUCAAGUACUUUGUAAAUGGGGUUUUGAAUCCUUCUCAUAUGAAUAAUUUUGAGCACUCUGGGAUGCUUAUCAUGUUCUUCAUCUUCGGCCUCGUCGGUCUUUUAUCAGUAAAGACAAGCAUUCUUCCCUUACCAGACGGAGCACUUACUUUGAUCGGUGCAACAGCGUUCUCAUCAGAGUACCUACUGUUUUACUUCCACUCAACAAAUCACAAAGGCCUAGAAGGCUACUAUCACUACAUCCUAGUUCUCCUGAUAGGCUUGUGUGUUCUAACUAGCGUUGUUGGCACACUUGUACCAUCAAAUUUCCCGCUUGAUUUAUCAAAUAGUAUUGCCAUAACUCUACAAGGCCUUUGGUUUUACCAGACUGCGUUCACACUUUACGGCCCCAUGAUGCCACACGGGUGCCAACUUAAAGGAGAUGACAUUGUUUGUCAUUCAGCUGAUAGUCAAAUAAGAGGAGAGUUGCUUGCAAAUUUCCAGCUAUUUUCAAUGGUUGUUGGUGUUUUUGCUGUAAUCUCUGUAUUUUACAGUUUUGCCACUUCGAGAUUUGGCCAUUCUAGUCAGGAGAGGUUGCAGGAAGCUGAUGGUGAUUUGUAGAUAUUAAAGUAGCAGAGAUAUUCGUAAAAAGUUGAAGGCAGGAAUUAUGGCAAGGGUAGUGUUGAGUUAACCGAGACCUUGAAAACACGAGGUGACCAUCUGUGGAGUUGGAUUUUCUUAUUGUGCAGCAUUCCAUUGAUUUAUAUACAUGUAAUGCUCUUUUGAUCCUUAAGAGUUGCUUAGGGGGUCAUUUGAGUGCUACCUUUUUUUAGGGUUAGCAAUGACAUCUUAUUUUUGUGUUCCACAUGUUUUACUACAAGUCUGUUGAUAUGUUAAGAAUUCUUCUUUUUUGUUUGUUUUUGGGGCUACAAAUGUAAGUUACUACUGACUAACGCGUAUUGUAAUCGCACUUUGUUUACCCUAAUUAUUUACAAGUACCUUCGUGAGAAUAAAAGGUCUUGCAUGCA